AUGAUCUUCGUCGCCCGCCAACUACAGGAGAAGUGCCAGGAGAUGUGGUCCCACCUGUACUCUACCUUCGUAGACCUGACGAAAGCCUUCGACACAGUGAAUCGUGAAGGGCUGUGGAAGAUCAUGCAGAAAUUCGGCUGUCCGGAGCGAUUCACUCAGAUAGUGCGUCAGCUGCACGACGGUAUGAUGGCGCGAGUCACGGACAACGGUGCUGUCUCAGUGGCAUUCGCAAUGACCAACGGAGUGAAGCAGGGAUGCGUGCUGGCGCCUACCCUCUUCAGUCUUAUGUUCUCUGUCAUGCUGAUGGACGCCUACCGCGACGAACGCCCCGGGAUCCGCAUCGCCUACAGGACGGACGGUCACCUCCUGAAUCAACGACGGAUGAACUUCCAAACGCGCGUAUCCACAACCACCGUUCACGAACUUCUCUUCGCCGACGACUGCGCCCUGAACACCAUCUCGGAAGAGAAGAUGCAACAGAGCAUGGACCUGUUCUCCGCCGCCUGUGAGAACUUCGGUCUGGUCAUUAACACGCAGAAGACGGUGGUGAUGCACCAACCGCCACCCAACUCAGUCACAGCCCCCAACGCGCCGCCGCAAAUCAGCGUGAAUGGGACCCAGUUGCAAGUGGUGGAGAACUUCCCGUACCUGGGCAGUACCCUCUCCCGGAACACCAAGAUCGAUGACGAAGUCGCCAACAGGAUCUCGAAUGCCAGGCAAGCCUUCGGUCGCCUCCAAAGCACAGUUUGGAAUCGUCAUGUUCUUCAAGUGAGCACGAAGCUGAAGAUGUACAAGGCCGUCAUCCUGCCGACGCUGCUGUAUGGCGCGGAGACCUGGACGGUGCACACGAGGCAGACACGCUGUCUGAACCACUUCCAUUUCAGUUGUCUUCGUCGCAUCCUGAGGCUGAACUGA